AUGUAAAGUAAGUUUGAAAGGUCAUUUUUUGAUGAGCAGACUUUCGACUGUUCUUUCUGGGAAAAGUCAACAUAGAAAAUUAAUAUUGAUAAAAUAGAACAUCAAUAUAUUUUGUUUUAGAAAAGCAGAAAAACAGGAUUCUGGGUAAGCAGAAACUAUAUAAUUUUUGAUUCUAAAUUAGUCAAGUUGAGAGUAAGUUAUAUUAUUCUAAUGUUUAAGCCAAAUAAAAACACAAUUCAUUAAAUCAAUUUGAAUAAGAGUAGGGUAGAGAAAAUUAAGUAUCAAAAUGAUCAAGAGAAGGAGAGCUGUAAUAAAGUAAAUAUAUGUUAUACAUAAAUUUUAGAAGAAGUAUGGGUUCAGAAUCAUUAGAAAUCAAAGAUGUAGAGAAUUCUAUUCAAGAUCAAAAGAAUUGAAUCAAAAAAUUUGGGAAGAAUUAAAAAAAUAGUCCUUGUAGAUAGCAUUUAAACAAGAUUAUGUCAUUGAGAAAAUCAUUGGAAAAGGGAACUUUGCUAAAGUAAAUGAAAUUUCUUCUAUCUUUUAGGUGUAUCUUUGUAACAAAAAAUCUGAGAAGUAGCAAUUUGCUGUAAAGGCUUUCGAAAAAAAUAAGAUGAUAAACACUGAAACUGAUCGUUUAGCUUUAUUGAAAGAAAUAUCGAUUUUACGCAAAUUGAAUUACAAAGGAUUAAUUAAAAUGCAUGAGGUUUAUGAGGAUGAGUCACACAUCUAUUUGGUUCAAGAUUAUUUAUAGGGUGGAGAAUUAUAUUAACAUAUUAAAAAAAAUUAAAAAUAGCCUGAACAAACCGUGGCCAGAAUUAUAGCCACCCUAUUGGAAUCUCUAGAGUACCUUCAUAAGAAUAGCAUACUCCACAGAGAUCUUAAACCAGAGAAUUUGAUAUUAAGGAAAAAAGGUGUGUUGGAUGAUAUUGUGAUUGCUGAUUUUGGAUUGGCUGACUUUUAUGAUCCCUUAGGAAAUUAUAUAUUCUAAAGAUGUGGAACUCCUGGCUUCGUUGCCCCAGAAGUAUUACAGGAUAAACUAUAUGAUUCCAAAGUGGACAUCUUCAGUAUUGGCUGUCUAAUGUAUUUAUUAUUAGCUGGUAAAUCCCCGUUCAAAGGAUCCACUUAUGAUGAAGUGGUGAUGCGUAAUUAUCAUUGCAAAAUUGAUUACCAAUCUAUCGAAUCAAUUGUAUCCAUCUAAUGUACUCUAUAUACAAUAUGUUAGGCAUGUAACUAAUAAAGUUGCUAUUGCAUCAUCGACCAUCAUAAAGACCAACGCCUAAGGAAGCAUUAAAACAUGAAUGGUUUAUGCUCAAUUUGGACGAAAAAAGAUAUAAAGAAUUGAAUAAUAAUGAAGAACAAAUUCAAUAUACUAAAGAAACAACUAAGUCGAGUUUAACUGAUGUUGGCAGCUGUGGAUUUAUGAAGAACUUUGUUGGCCCUUACACAUGUGAGAAGUCCGAGUUCUCUACCCCAUAGAUAACGCAUACAAACAAUAAAUAAAAUGCUGUUCUUUAUACUCCAUAGUAUGCGAUGAUGCAAUCUAUUCAAGAAUAGUUUAAAGAUAGUGAAUAAUAGAUUUCAGUUAAAAAAAUAGAAGAUGAAUUUAGUGAUAUGAUGUUUGAAGAUGAAUCACCUUAGUCACAUAAAUUACCUCAUUAUCAAUUGAUAGGAAAACUGAAACAAGUUGUGGAUUCAAAUAAUUCAUCCUAUUACGCUUCUCCUAUCAUCAAAGUAUAAUAUUUCUUAUGAUCAUAGAGAACACCAGAGAGUAACACAAAAGGUCUUGAGUUGAGGACUCCAAUUUUGAUUACUCAAGUAAUAGAAAACCAUGCAUAACCAAGAAUGGCAAAUAAAAUUAUGAACAACUUAAAGAAUUUUGAAUAAGUUUGA